AUGUCCGCAUUUUCUGCUCCAGGAGCUGUGGUGCUGGGAGGAGGUCUGAGGCUGAGAGAAUUUCAAGAGUUUGAGGACAAGUCGGCUGCCAUUAACCGCACUACUGGUGUUGGGAAACAACUGAGAGAUAUGCUGAAGGUUUGGUGCCGCUGUUUGAACAAGCUAUUGGUUGGAAGCCUCGAAUAUAAGGAAAUAAUUGAAGCAGAUCAGGAGCUGGGGAUAACGUGCUUCUAUGAUGAUCUUGUGGAGGAGUUGAUGUGGGGAAUGAAGAAUCUCAUGCGCAGUUUAGUGCCUCAAGAACAAAAGGUGCUGACCAAGGAGAAGCGCCUCCCUAUGAGUAAAGGGCUGGAAAUGAUCCUGCGUUGUCAUAACUUUGAUGUCAAGCCAGAGAUGAAGCAUUCCAGGAGCCUUCACAUGUCAGAUUCAGAUCUUAUGGAGAUAUCUGGGUUCAACAGCCAGGACUGGGAUACUAUGAAGAUUGCAACUGCUAUGAAGAUGAUAGCUUAUCCAGACGAAAAAGUUGAGCACCCUCUGAGAGACUGUAGAUCUGAGCAAGAGGGGCUUGGACGGCAGCGAGAGGAGGUAGGAGGCAGCCUGCAGCAAUACAAAUCAGAGACAAAAUCAGAUGGAUCUGAGGGAGAGAACGUAUUUGAGAGGGAUGGGAUGAGCAUCGGCCUUCAACUCACCGGAGAGCAGCGGACGGACGAGCAACGGAGGGGCAUGGCGAUGUUCUCAAAAGAUGAGCUAUCGAAGAUACAGAAAGAUGCAAGUAAAUAUAACGAUAAGAUCAUCAAGCACGAUGUCGCUAAAGUCUUCGAAGAAUUGGUGCGUGCCAAAAGAUGUAAGGAGAUUAAGGUGACACUCAUGCGGCACUUGGUUCGUGAAGCUACCUUGAUGGUUGGGGAAACUGCAAACAAGAGGCUCAAUCAAGCUGAUGACUGA